AUGGCGGGCCUCGCCCGCCUGUCCCGGGACACCUGGCGGGCCUCGCCAGCCCUUCCCAGGACACGUAGCAAGCAACGCCCGCCCGUCCCAAAACAUGUGGCGGGCCUCCCCACCCGUCCCGGGACAAGUGGCGUGCCUCAUCUGCCUGUCAUGGGACACGUGGUGGGCCUCGCCCGCCCAUCCCAGGACACGUUGCGGGCCUCGCCCACCCGUCCCGGGACACGUGGCGGGCACGCCCCCCGCCUGUCCCAGGACGCGUGGCGAGCCCUGCCCGCCUGUCCUGGGACGCAUGGCGAGCCCCACCCGCCCGUUUCGGGAUGCGUGGCAGGCCCUGCCGGCCCGUUUUGGGACACGUGGCGAGCCCCGCCGCCCGUCCCGGGACUUGUGGUGAGCCCCGCCCACCUGUCACGGGACGCGUGGCGGACCCCGCCCACCUGUCCCGGGACACGUGGCGGGCCCCGCCCACCCGUCCCGGUACACGUGGUGGGCCUUGCCCGGCCUUGCCCGGCCGUCCCGGGACGCGUGUCAGGCCCCGCCCACCUGUCCUGGUGCGCGUGGCGGGCAACCCCCCCCUGUCCCGGUACACGUGGAGCGGCACCCCCGCCCGUCCCCGAUGCAUGGCGCACCCCGCCCACCCGUAACGGGAUACAUGGCGGACACCCCCUGCCUGUUAAGGGACGCGUCGUGAGCCCCACCCGCCAGUCCUGA